AUGCAUUUUAAAUUUAUUCGCAUUGAAGACGAUUCAGUUUUACCAAUAUGCGGAUGUUCCUAUCAUAGGUAUUAUGGCACAAAAAAUGAUUCAAUUAUUUGGGAUCAUGAUGAAAAAAAAAAGAGCUGUAUUAAUUAAAUGGAUAAAAGAAUAUUCUGGUUUGAUAGUACAAAUAAUUUAAGAAGUGGGAGAAGUAGCAUCAUAAUUCCAUAGUAGAGUUAAACUGCAUUUGACUCCAGGAGUAUGAAUAGGUUAUCCUUAACUCAUUUUGGCACAGAUCAUUUAAAAUACUAAAAGUAAAAUUGCUCUCAAUUUGAUUAUUUGCAGGAAAUAACAGAUAUAUAGGAAGAUAGUUAUAUUAAGAUGUCUGCACCAUCAUUAGUCAAUAUUGAAGGAGACUAAGAUACUGAAACUAGUUCAAUAAAAAAAAUUAGGUUUUAAAAUAGUAUAAUUAAAAAGGCAAGAUUAAGAUCGUAUAGUUUAAGUGAUGAUCUUUAAAGGGAUUUUUUUACUACUUAAGAUUCAUUAAAUUUUGGUAGAAUGUUUAAAGAUCUGUGCUAGCAGUCAAAAGAGAAUAUUAAAAAUCUAAUACCUUUGAUCUAUAGGCAAUAUAUAGCAAAGAAGAGCUAACAGACCAUACGUUUAAUGUUGGAAGAUCUCUUGAAUAUUUGUAUGAAUUACUAUCAUACUCCACACACUAAAAUUCUGAAUUAUACUUAGAGUCAAAUGGCAGAAGAUUUAUUUUAGAUUGAGAAUUAAAUAAUGCAAGAAAUAAUGGAAAAACCUGCAACAGAGUUAAGCACUAGUAAAUUAAAUACUAAUCUUAUGAAAUCACAUACAGAAAUAGAUAAUACAAUAAGAAAUAGAAUUAAUAGUAGCAAAUACUCUUUUGAUAAAUCAUCUUUUUAAGAUUUAGCUGUGAAGCAAGUUGAGUUCUUAAUAGAUAUAAUAAAUCUCUUACGAUUCUCAAUUGCUAAACUGAUAUACUUUUAUCAGAUGUAUGUCUUGAUCACAAGAGAAGAAUUUUCAGAAGAAGAUACGAUUGAGAUUAAACAAGUAGAAAAAAAAGUAGGUACGUUAGAAGCAAAUAAAUUAAUAAACAAAAGAAAAUAAAUUAGAUAAAAUCCAGAAUAUACAGAUAAUCUAAUGAAAAUAGAUGAAUUUGUGUUUGAUGGUUUCAUAAAAUAGGAUAUUUUAUUAAAAGAAAAGAAAAUACUAAGACAAUUUUUUAAAAAAAGAAUUGUCAUGUGGAUUUAAGAUUACACUUAAAAGUUAUAAGAAAUAUAAAUAAACGAAUCUGAGAUGAUUACUUGUAGAAUUUGUGAUAAAGCAUUUGAUGUUCAUAUUAUUAAUGAACAUACUGAAAAUUGCUAAAAAAUGGCAGAAAUAAGAAAACAAAUCAUAGAAUUAGAUAUUAAUUUAAAAUAAAUAAGUGAAGAGGCUUAUAAGGUUUAAUAAAAAUAUAAUACCUAAAAAUAUUUAUAAAAAAAUAAAAGAAGAGGAACAGGAAUUUUUCACAUUAGAAAAUAUCAAUAAGAAACAAGUGAUGAUGGAAAAUCAAGUGAUAAUACUAAAAAAAACACUGGAUAAAUUCCAAAAAAUUUUUAAUCACUUGUAAAUUCUAAAAAAUAUAAGCGCUGCAGUUCAUUAAAUUCUGAAUAGAUGCUAAAUUUCAAAAAUAAAAUUCAGUCAGAAGAAAGUAUUAACUAUUCAUUAGACUCACCUUCUCUUACUAAUACAAAUAAUUUAAUAACUAUUAAUUCUCUUAAAGAUGUAGGCAUAUAUUCUUUUUAAUAAGGAAAAAGUGCUGCUCUAAUUGAAAACCAAAGAGAAAGAUAAGCUAGUUUUUAAAGUAAAAAAUAUCCUCGUUUAUAGGAUAAGGAAUGUAUACAUAAUAGCGAUAGAUGUUUUUAAUAAACAAAAAAAAGCAAUGAUUUUGACUCUUCUGAAGAAGAAUAGUCAAAGAAAUUUAAAUAUAAAGACCAUAGCUAUGAAGACUUAGAACGGAGAUUUGAUGAACACUUAAAUAAUAUCAAUUUAAUGAAUAAAAAUAAUGACAAUAGGACCCCAAGAAGCUUAAUUGAUAAUCAAUUCUAAAAUUUUGAUGUAGAUGAAGAUGAUGCUGAUUUUUAAAUCAGUUAAGUCAUUCAAAAAAGGAAAUAGCAAAAUGAAAUCGAGAAAAUAGAUACAAAAAAAAAAAAUAUUUUUGAAAUGAAAUAUUUACAACUACCUGAAGUUAUUGAAGAAUCAAACGUUUUGAGUUCUAAAUUUUAAUCAUCUGUUGGGAUUAACCCAUAAAAUACAUAAAAUAGCAAUAGUACUGGUAUUUAAGGACUAAGCAUUGAAAAAGUAGAAAGCAAUUAUCAAAUUAAUCUUAUUUAAAAUAAAGUACAAAACCUAUAAAGUAGCACUUCUGUCAAUCCUAAUAAUUUAUUAAAUUAAUUAAAUAGCUAAGGAUUAUUGGGAGUUUAGAGUAGUAAUGGCUCGAAUAAAAAUAGUAAUAAGACUAUUUAAAUCUAAAUAAAUACUGGUUCUUCUGACGAUUGUAGUUUAAAAUAUAUUCAAAACUAAAGCAGUUAAUUUGUAAAUGGUCAAGAAUAGAACGAUGAUAAAAUAAAUUAUUAAAAUUCAAAUAAAUAUGUUGAAACUGUUUAAAUACCAACUUCAAAUACUAUUAUAAAGGACUAUAAUGAAAAUGGCUUACCAAGGAUAGAUGAGGCGAUAAAAGAAGACUCAAAAUUUACCACAAUAUUAGAGGUAGAUAGCAGAUUUGAAUCAAGAUAGAAUAGUAUGACUUAUAACAGUUAAACUAAGAACUUUAAUAGCAAUUAAAACUCUGUAAAUAUUCUUCAUUUAGAUAAUAUUAUAGGAGGAGAUUCAAGAUAGAUAAAUAGUUCUUCUGAAAGUGCAGAUGAUUAUUAAAAUAUAUAACAUAUUAAGAUCCAUGAAGAGGAUAGUCUAUCUAAUGAUACUAAUGAGAAUAGAAAUUAAGUUAAUGAAGUAAAUUUAAAUUCAAUAAAAAAACUCAGAGAUAGUGUUACACAAUCUCCAAAAAGCCUAAAAAAUGAAAAACUGGCUCCAGACUCUAUGAAUGUAGAAAGUUUUUCUCAGGAAAUAAUAAAAAAGAAAUAAAGUUCAACUUAGAUUGAACCAAUACGUAUCUCAAAUGAGCUAGAUAUAAUAUCAGAAGAUCCUUUUGAAAAAUCUCCUAAUCUUAAAAAAAGAAUCACAGAUAGUGCUAAUAGAGCAAAUGAAAAAUGUUAAAAAAAGGGGAAAUAAUCAGGUAGUAGCUUAAUGUAAGAAGAAUAAGAAGUCUAAGAACAAGAUAUUAACAAUCAAGAUUCACAGAAUAUUACUCAACGCAAUAAGCUAAGCAUUGAUAAAAAUACUUCAGACUCAAAAAAUAAAUCAAACAAAGAGUUAUUACCUCCUCCUAAAAAAAUUUAAAGAAAAAUAUCUGAUUUAAUAGAGGGGCUUUAUGAUACAUAUUCAGAAAAAAAUCUUGAUUUGAUUUCUAACAAUAUAGCAAAUGUUCAACCUUAAAGCAAUAAAUCAGCUCAAGGUGGAUCUGUCAAUUUUAAAUCAGAUUUUUUUGGUAUAGGCCAUACCACAACAAGCAAUACAAACUUCACUCCUACAAAUUAAGUUGGUCAAGUUGUUUUCAUUAAUAGUGAUGAUUAAUAGCUGAAUAUAUCUCCAUAAAACUAUCAAGUUCCAGUAUUAAUUUAAAAUAAUUUAAGCACAAGUGAAGAUUAAUUAUUUGGUAUAAAACUCAAGAUUCAGGAGUCUUAAAGUGAUUUUUAAUAGCAGCAACAAUAAUAAUAAACAGGAGGUUUUUUUUAAAAUAGGCUGGUAUCAAAAUCUCCUCUAAAUGGAUCUUUGUUGAUUGGAAGACCUAAUUAUUCUCCUCUAAACGCUAUUCUUAAGAGUGAAGAAUUGACUACUCCUCCAAAAGAUAAUGGGCCUCAUUUUUUUAUUUUUAACCAAAAUAGAGCAACUCCUAAGCAAAUAAGCUUAACUUCUUCUUAAAAUAACAAUGUUUUGCCAGCAUUGAUUCAAUAGAGUUCAGGUUCUUAAACUUAUUCAAACGGAUAAAUUAAUGCUAAUAUAAAUAACAAUCCUAUCAAUACUAGUAAUAGCAAUAUGUCUAUAUCAGGUGGCUAAGAUUAGCUCGCAAGUCCUUUCUUAUUUCAUAACUUGAAGCCAGACAUAAUAGAUGAUUCUGAUAUUCUAUUAAAUAGUAAGGAAUUAGCUCAAGUAAAUGAAAUGAAGUAUUUAAAUUAGUAAUAAGUUCUUUUGAAUCUUUACAAAUAACAAUAAUAAUUUGAUUAUACCAAUCUGAAAUAACAAAUUUAAAAUUUUGAUGCCAACUCUUAGACAAAAAUAUUAGAUGAAAGAGAUAAAUAAUUUGAUGUUGAUUUGUUAAAUUUAGUGGAAAGUUAAGAAGCUACUACAGAAUAGCAUCCUAAAUUUGAAAAUAUUCGAGGAGACAUUUUCUUAGAUGAGAUAAAAAAAUAAAAAUUAGAAGAAAAAUUAAAUUUAUUAUACUCUAAGUAAGUUUAGGAAGAGGAUAACGAAGAAGGAUCAUGCAUAUUCCCAACUCAGUAUGCCAUGGGUUCAUACAGAAAAUCAAUGUGUAGCGAUUAGCAAAAUCAAUCUCGAUAAAUGAAUAAUAGUGGAAUAAGAUAGAAGCAGUAGUCAUUUGGUUAGCCACCAUCAAAUAAAGGGAGCAUAUCUAAAGUUCAGUAAUAAGAAAGUUAGAGUAAUAACCAAGUUAAAUAAAAUUAUUCACCUGAUGAAGUUAUUCUAGCAUCUCCUACAUCAUCUUCAAAAACCUCUAGUCUAUAAUCAAUAAAGUACUCAGAUGCUUCAUCAAUGCUUUAAUCUUCAAAUUAGUCUCCAAGUUCUUCUAAAAAAAAAAAGUAAUCGGAAGGAGAUAAUUAGUUUUCUUUAAAUUAAAAAAUCUUAAAAAGAUCUUCAAAUAAGAGCUAACUAGAUUAAUUAGAUUAACUAAGCAGCACAAGUAAAGAGAGUUAUGAUGUUGUAUAACGUAUUUUGGAAGAAGAAAGCAAAGCACUGAAAAGUUUGGAAGCAUUAAUACCAAUUCAUAAUAGACUUCAACACUUAGAAGAAGAAAUGAAAACUGUUUAGUCUUCUCUUUUAGUAUCUAGAAGAGGAUCUAUAGAUAAAUCUAAUUAAGAACGCAGCAGAAGCAAUAGUAAUUAGAAUUAAUUUAUAAAUAACGCCAGCUAAUUUAGUAUUUCAAAACUCAACGAUUUGAUGCUUUCUCAAACAGAAGAAGACAUUUUAAUUCGUUAAAAAAGAGGAUCUUUCCAAUCAUCUAAAGGAGACAUUCGAAAUUCUUAAGGAUCUAGCUAAAAUAGUUAAUAAUAAUAUCCUUAUUCUUCUACCACUACACCUGCUUAAAAGACAAGUAAGUUUGGGUAAAUAAAGCGUGCAUAAACUAUGCUUCCUAAUGAUUUAGAUAACAUAUCUAGUUUAGACAUAAAAUAGCCCUAAGAAGAUAAUGAAAGUUCAUAGAAUCAUGGAAGCAAUAAAAAUGUCUAAAUAUUUGUAGGAGUUUCUUCAAAGCUUCUUAAAAACAUUAAUUCUGCCUUAAAUUAUAUAAUUUAAUAUGGAGAAAAAAUAUCAAAGAGAGUUGAACUUUUAGAAUUAAACAAUGAUAUAAAAACUUAAACUAGUUUAAAGUACUCUCUUCCAGAAAUUAUUAGCGAAACAGAAGCAGUGUCGAUAGUUAAAAAAAUGAUAAACUAAUUAAAUGAAAGAAUAGUGCUUUAAAGAAAAAUUUAUAAGCUUAAAGAUAGUGAUUAAAAAAUGCUAACUUAAUAGGCUAAAGAAGCUAAGAAAAGGAGAUCAUCUUUAUUGAACGAAAUAAAGUUUUAGUUUAGAGGAUAAAAUAGCAAUAGUUUAAACACUGAUUAAUAAACAAGUGGAGAAUUCAAUCAAUAUGCUUAUCAGAUUAACUAAGAAUAAAAUAGCAAUUUAAGUAAAGAUGCUCCUUAAAUGAAAUAAUAUGAAUACAACUCUUUAAAUAUUCCUUAAAAUUCCUUUUAAAAUACUAAAAUUCCUUAACAAAAUUCUUCAAAAUAAAUUAAAAGAGUUAAUUUUGCUAACAAUAGGGAUAACUUAAAUAGUGAUUUAUCAACUUAAAUUGCUUCUGAAAAUACAUUUGAAAGCAUCCCUCCAAAUAACGAAAGUACUUUAAACAAUAAAGAAUCUACAUAUAAAAAAACACAAUUUUAUUAAAAUUUACUUUAAAAUACUAAUUAAGAUUAUAAGUCUGGAUCUUAUUCAAUAAAUGAUUCUGAGGACAAUAUUAGCCCAGAAUUAUAAAAUUCUUAUAAUGGUAAUUAAACUUAGAAAUCUCGCUUUGUUUAAGGUAUGAAUUAUCUAACUGUGUAAACUGAUAGAAAAAAUAUUAACUAUUUUGAUGAAAUUUAAUAAGACUAUGAAAAUUAAAACAAUGAUUUGAAUCAAAACUUUAACACAGUUAUUAAUAAUAAAGAAAUUACAAAGUUAAAAUAAAUAGAAGCUGAUGACGAAGGUUCCCCUAACAGAAUAAAACAAAAUCCUUCACCAAAUAAGAAGAAAAUUUUCUAAAAUUAACCUGGUUCUGCAUUGAUUAGGUAUGACUAACACAAUAAACUUAUUAGCUCAUACAAAAACCCUCGUAUCCCUAGCAACUACCUUAAAUCUCCAUGUAGAUAUUAAGUCAUGCCUCUUCUCCAUGACAUUCACUCUUAAAAACCUCUUAUAAAUAGAAAUAUGGCCAAGCAAAUGUUGAAAAAGAAAACAGAAAAAUAAAAAAAUUAACUAAAUUCUUUUGAUUCUUCCUCUUCAAGUGAUUACUUUUCUGAUUCUUCUGAACGAGACUAUCAAAAUAAGAAGCAAAAUUCGAUUUAUGAUAUUGAAAAAAAGUAGAAAAAAAAUAAGGUUACUUAAAAGUAAAAAAAAGCAAAGUAAAGCAUUCCUGAUCUGAGCAAUUCAACAUAAAUAACAGGUUUAUCUUAUGGAAGCAAAUAAUAAGGAACUCUUGGUCUAAAUCUUACUAGCAAAUAUUCUAAAAUGCAAUAGAACUUUAGGGUUGAUGAUGUUUUAGAAUAAGCUAUAGAAAAAUAUAAUUAAAUAAGAAUGUAGAAAGAAUUAGAAAAAGAUUAUAUAUAGUAAAGCUAAUCAGAAUCAAGUGAUGACGGAUUACCUACAAUUGUUAAAUGUUACUCUGAUUCCGAUGUAAAGCAUUUCAAUGCUGAUGAUAUCACAUUCACUCAAUAGAAUAUCAUGAACCUUGGACUUAAAGAUUUUGAGUUUAAAAGACUUCUCGGAGUAGGUGCAUUUGGGGCUGUUUGGUUAGUUAAUAAGAAAACAACAAAAGAUGAAUAUGCUCUUAAAAUUAUAGAUUGUUCAUAAUAAAUGGAUCGUAACUAAUAAGAUAACCUGCGUGCAGAAACUAACGUAUUUGCAAUUUUAACUGGUGAUCAUGUUGUUAAGGCACUUUAUUCAUUUUAAUAUGAUAAUUAUUUAUGUUUUGUACUUGAUUAUAUGAGCGGAGGAGAUUUCGGUUAAAUUCUCAGAUGGUAUGGCCGUUUGGAUGAAUCGAUAGCAAAGUUCUAUCUUGCUGAAAUAAUACUUGCUAUAGAGUACCUACACUCAAAGGGUAUUAUCCAUAGAGAUCUUAAACCAGAAAAUGUCUUACUAGAUAAGAAUGGACAUAUUAAAUUAGCAGAUUUUGGAUUGUCAGAGGUAGGUUUGACAAAUAAAUUGAAUAAAAAAGUUAUUGAUGAAACUGAUCCUGAAGUAAAAAAGCAAAAAAUGUAUGAAUAACUCAGAUAAGAUUUUGGUAUUGAAGGUCUCAAAAACGAAAAUUUUAUAGUAUAACUAAAACAAAAUCCAGGUUGUGAUCUAUAAAAUAGUAUUAGGCCUGGUGGAAUCAUGAAAAAAAAUAGAGUUGUUGGUACUCCUGAUUAUAUACCUCCAGAAGUAAUUAAUGGGGAAUCUACAAACAACUAAUCAAUAGAUUGGUGGAGUUUAGGAGUCAUGGUUUAUGAAUUUAUAGCAGGCAUACCACCAUUCAAUGAUGAAUCAGUUGAAAAAAUAUUCAGUAACAUAAAGAAGGGUCAUAUAGAAUGGCCAGAUGUUGGCUAUGGAGAAGAUGAAAUGACUCCUGAAGCUUAAGAUCUGAUAAAGAAAUUGCUUAAUCAUGACUAUAAGAAACGUCUUGGAGCUAACGGAUCUUAAGAAAUAAAAUAACAUAAAUUCUUCUAAGGAAUUUAAUGGGAUAAAAUAAAGAAGUAAGAAGCUCCUCUUCUUUCUUAUUUAGAGUAAGAGCAAUAAGAAGCAGAGCUUGAAUCAGAAAAAUAAGUAAAAAAAUAAGAACAAGAAAAGUAAAAGUUAGAAAUAAUACUAAAAAGAAAUACUUCUGGUAGAAGAUAAACUACUCAUAUACCAGGUAUGCCUAAUCUAUGGAGAGUAGAUUUACUUGGAGAAAUGAACAGAGAAGAGGCUGAAAAAAGAAAGAUAGAGAAAAUAUAAAAAGAAAAUAAUGCUAAAGUAAAAGUUUAAAAACUUCAAAAGUUAGCCACUACAUUAGAGGAGAGCUAAUGUCUUCUCAAUGAUAAUAACUUACUUGAUAAAUUCUGUAUGAACUGA